AUGUGUACUGGACAGUUGUCUGCAAUGUCAGCAACGUCGAGUCGUAAAUUACUAAUUGAUCGUCGAUGGGAUGUGAAAUUACGAUGGCUGAUCGUAGGAUCUAUUCUCGGUGCUAUUUGUACUUAUUCUUUGAUAUAUGUACAGCAAUCAGAUAUAGUAAAAUUGUCAUUACUGUCUGGCAAUAAUGGAAAUAGCGAUGUAAAUCAAACAUUAUCCGUACAAACAGUGAAAUAUCCGUUACAUGGAUACUCUAAAUGGCCAGAGUUUCUAACUGAUACGGUGCUUGACAUUACAACAUUUCAACAUAAAUGCUUAAUAAACGGUCUAAAAUCAAAUGGUUUCUUUCGGUUUCGUCGAGAUGAACCAAAUUCAACAAAAACAAUUUGUAAAGAUAUUAUUUUAGCUAUAGAAAAUAUUUAUAAUAUUUCAUCCAGUAUAGCCGAUAUUAAUUAUCCGCCAGAAUUUGAGAAAAAAGUAAAAAAAUGGUUAGGAGAUCAACAAUUAUAUAACAAAGCAUUACAUCAGGAUUUACAUUUUGUAUUUAAUAAAUUUUCUUUCGAACAUACUGUUUACAAUCCAAUACGUGGCAAACGUCCAAUUACUGAACCAUUGAUUUCAGCAUCUAGUUAUAUUAGUGAAUUAAUAAAUCAAAGUUCACAAUCAUGUGACUUUUGCAAUUAUAAAAAAUUUACUGCCACUGAUCCAUUAGGAAGAUUUGAAAGUGUACACGCAUUUUCAGCAUCAAAUGCUUUCAAAUUUGAUACAUGGCAUUCAAUGUUUAUGCCUAGACAACAUAAUAUAUUAAAUGUGACACUUGAGGAAUUCCAUGAUGUUUACAAACUUGCUUGGAAAUGGAUUCGUGCUGUUUAUAAAAAAUCACCAUUACAUCAGUUUCCAGUACUACUAUUUGAUAUGUUUCCCCACGGAGGAGCAAGUCAAGUACAUCCUCAUAUUCAUGCGGCCGUCAAUUCCCAUCACUAUUAUGGACAGUUUGAAUCGAUUCGAUCUGCAAGUGAAAUAUUUUAUCGUGAAUAUAAAAUAAAUUAUUUUCAACAACUUCAAGAUAUACACAUGGCUCUUAAUUUAACAUUAUCACUUGGAGGAAUUACAGUUAUUGUACCAAUAACAUCAAAAAAGGAAUAUGAUAUAAUUUUAUUAGCAGAAAAUUUUGAUGAACGAAUAGUUACAGUAAUUUAUCAAAUUAUUCAAGGUUAUUUUCAUCGUCUAAAACAGUACAGUUUUUCAUCAUGUCUUUAUUUACCCCCAUUAUCACAUGAUGAGAGUGGCAUACCACCAGUUUAUUUUCGAAUUAUUCCACGUGGUCACGUUCAGAAUGUUCAAUCUGAAAUAAGUUCACUUGAACUCUUAUCGGUAAACUAA